AAAGACAUAUACGAUGGGUAAACACUAGAGUCUUGUAGUAUGCUAAUGAAAUGCAAAUGCAUUUCGGAUCCCUAUAAAAGAGCCAGGCCCUGGAAGCUAAUGCAUUAGUCUCAGUUACUAGUCAACCGAUCUUAGCCAACAUGAAAUUGGUCUGGAUAUUGAUGUCCUUGCAGCUGAUGCUCCUGGCAACAGCUCUGAGCGCUAGGAAUUGUGCCAAGCCAUCGGAGGCGCCAGCAACCACGGAGGAUCCCGAUGACCCGACCGAUGAUCCAUGGGACGACGACUCCACGGAGGAUCCCUCAGAUGAGACCACCGAUGAUCCAUUGGAAACAACGGAAAAACCAACGACUUCCACAGGAGAACCUACUGGGGAGCCAUCUGACGAAACUCCAGUACCCACUGACGACCCUACUGGGGAGCCGUCUGAAGAAACAACUGCAGAACCCACUGACGAUCCUACUGGAGAGCCUUCUGGAGAACCCACUGGAGAUCCCACGAAAGAACCCACUGAAGAACCCACGGGAGAGCCAACCGGAGAACCCACUGAAGAACCUACUUCAGAGCCCUCAGAAGAAACCACAGAAUCAGCAAGUGAGGAACCAACGAAGGAACCGGAUGUGGUUUCAACAAAAUAUGCACCAAGCGUUGAACCCACGGAACUAACGACCGUACCUAAUCCCGGCGUGGAUGCCAAUGCCUCUUGCAAGUCGCACUCUGGUGUGCAGUACCUGCCCCAUCCGUACAACUGUCAUUUGUACAUCCACUGCGACGGUGACACUGGUUAUGUGAAAGAUUGUCCCGAUAGUCUUUACUGGAACACCAUUCAGCAAGCCUGCUCCACCGUCUGCGCUUAGAAAAAUAAAGAACAUCAAUUAGCAUGCACUUAUAAAAAGUAA